AUGAUUCUGCCGUUACUCUCCUUCCUCCUGGCGACGCCAGCUGCGGCUGCCGCCUCAACGUCAUGGUGCAAUCGCGUCCUCGUCGACGGGCGCCAGUACAACCUUGAGAAGCUGGGCGGGCCGCACUCCGUGGUCGUCAGCAACCCAACCGGGGCGACCCUCCAUAACACGACAUACACGCUCGACCUAUGCAAGCCGCUGGUCAAGUCGGGUGAUGGACCCAAGGAGGAGAGAUGCCCUGAUGGCACGAGAGUCUGCGCCAUCUCGAGAUUGAUCGGCAAGGUAGACAACAAGGUCGACGUCAUCUCCGCAGUCAUUCCCAUCGCGGGCGACCUCGCCGAAGUCGGCGGCCACAAGUUUGAGCCCAAGACUAAGCUUCUUGUCCCCGAGGCAGAGGAAGGCGCCGAGGGCCUGCACGUCACGUUGAGCGGCGGCACCUACACUUUUGAGGAUGGCAGGAAACACGACCAGAGGGCUGUCGUUAGGUUCGUGUGCGACGAGAAGCGCGAGGGCACCGAGGGCGAGUACGAGUCGGAAGACAAGUACGACACAAAGAUGGCGGACAUUAUGCACUCGCGGAGACGGGACGACGACAGCGACGACGAUGGCAAGAAGAAGGAAUUUCAGCUCGGUGAUCUCGAAGCUGCGAGCCUUCUCUACGAUAGCUACGGACCUUCUCAGAGCGACUCGGAUGUUGACGUGUUGAGGCUGACCUGGAAGACCAAGUAUGCCUGCGCCAGCCGCUCCACAGACCCGUUGGAUCCGGAGAGUCCAGGUGAGGGUAAUGGCGACGAGGGCGGCGCACCUCCUAACAACAGCUGGGGAUUCUUCACAUGGUUUAUUAUCUUGGUCUUUUUUGGCACGGCCGCUUAUCUCAUCUUUGGCUCGUGGCUCAACUACACGCGCUACGGUGCAAGGGGCUGGGACCUGCUCCCCCACGGCGACAGCAUUCGCGACGUUCCUUACUUACUCAAGGACUGGCUGCGGCGAGCACUCAACACCGUGCAGGGCAGCGGAAGCCGUGGCGGAUAUAGUGCUGUGUAA